AUGUGGAUGAAGUGGAAGGAGCUGAGUCUGCCUCGCCGUGGCCGCGGCUGCCGCAGUGGAAACCGCAAAAGCCUGGUGGUAGGGACGCCGUCGCCCACCCUCUCCCGGCCCCUGUCUCCUCUGUCGGUCCCCACGGCAGGCAGCAGCCCCCUGGACAGUCCACGGAACUUGGCUGCUCUCAGCUUCCCCUUCGCCCGGAGGGCAGACGGCAGAAGAUGGUCCCUCGCGUCUCUCCCAUCCUCUGGCUAUGGCACCAACACACCCAGUUCCACAGUCUCGUCGAGCUCGUCCUCCCGGGAGCGCCUCCACCAGCUCCCCUUCCAGCCCACCCCAGACGAGCUGCACUUCUUGUCCAAGCACUUCCGCAGCUCCGAGAGCGUGGUGGACGACGAGGGGGGCCGCUCCCCGCGCAUGCGCCCCCGCUCCCGCAGCCUGAGCCCAGGACGCACGUCAGGGACCUUUGACAAUGAGAUCGCCAUGAUGAAUCACGUGUACCGGGAGAGGUUCCCGAAGGCCACAGCCCAGAUGGAGGGCCGCCUGCAGGACUUCCUGGCAGCCUAUGCGCCGGACGACGCCCGUCUGGCCUUAGCCGAUGGCGUCCUAGGCUUCAUCCACCACCAGAUCGUGGAGCUCGCCCGGGACUGCCUGGCCAAGUCGGCUGAGGCCCUAGUCACCUCCCGCUACUUCCUAGAGAUGCAGGAGAAGCUGGAGCGGCUGCUGCAGGAUGCCCACGAGCGCUCGGACAGCGAGGAGGUGGGCUUCAUCGUGCAGCUGGUCCGGAAGCUGCUCAUCAUCAUCUCCCGGCCGGCGCGGCUCCUGGAAUGCCUGGAGUUUGAUCCCGAGGAGUUCUACCACCUGCUGGAGGCGGCCGAGGGCCAGGCCCGGGACAGCCAGGGCAUCAAGACGGACCUGCCGCAGUACAUCAUCGGACAGCUCGGCUUGGCCAAGGACCCCCUGGAGGAGAUUGUGCCUCUGAGCGACCGGGAGGAGGGACCGCCCCCCGCGCCCGGGUCCCCCGGCUCCCCUCAGAACCGCGCCCUGGCCGGCCCCGCUCGUAGAAAGCCUCGGGAGAGCGACUUCGAGACCAUUAAGCUCAUCAGUAACGGGGCGUACGGGGCCGUGUACCUGGUGCGGCACCGCGAGACCCGGCAGCGCUUCGCCAUCAAGAAGAUCAACAAGCAGAACCUGGUCCUGCGCAACCAGAUCCAGCAGGUGUUCGUGGAGCGGGACAUCCUCACCUUCGCCGAGAACCCCUUCGUGGUGGGCAUGUUCUGCUCCUUCGAGACGCGGCGCCACCUCUGCAUGGUCAUGGAGUACGUGGAGGGCGGCGACUGCGCCACGCUCCUGAAGAACAUGGGCCCGCUGCCUGUGGACAUGGCGCGCAUGUACUUCGCGGAGACCGUGCUGGCGCUGGAGUACCUGCACAACUACGGCAUCGUGCACCGUGACCUCAAGCCGGACAACCUGCUGAUCACUUCGCUCGGACAUAUCAAGCUGACCGACUUCGGCCUGUCCAAGAUCGGACUCAUGAACAUGGCCACCAACCUCUACGAAGGCCACAUCGAGAAGGACGCUCGCGAGUUCAUGGACAAGCAGGUGUGCGGGACCCCGGAGUACAUCGCGCCCGAGGUGAUCUGCCGCCAGGGCUACGGGAAGCCAGUGGACUGGUGGGCCAUGGGCGUCAUCCUGUACGAGUUCCUAGUGGGCUGCGUGCCUUUCUUCGGAGACACCCCCGAGGAGCUGUUUGGCCAGGUGGUCAGCGAUGACAUCGUGUGGCCCGACGGGGAGGAGGCGCUGCCGGCCGAGGCGCAGGACCUCAUCAUGCGCCUGCUGCGUCAGAGCCCCAUGGAGCGCCUGGGCACGGGUGGCACCCAUGAAGUAAAGCAGCACCCCUUUUUCUGGGCCCUGGACUGGGCCGGGCUUCUGCGGCAGAAAGCUGAGUUUGUGCCCCAGCUCGAAGCAGAUGACGACACCAGCUACUUCGACACCCGCUCGGAGCGGUACCGGCACCUGGGCUCCGAGGAUGAGGAGACCAACGACGAGGAGUCAUCCACAGAGAUUCCACAGUUCUCAUCCUGCUCCCACCGCUUCAGCAAGGUGUACAGCAGCUCUGAGUUCCUGGCCGUGCAGCCCGGGCCCAUGGGCUCUGAGAGGACCUUCAGCGAGGACCACGAGGAGGCCUGGGAGCGCAGCGGCGAAGGGGAGAUGGGCCGCCAGGGCCGCCGGCUGAGCGCUGACAUCCGGCUGAGGUCCUGGACUGGCCCCUCGCAGCCCGAACGCAGCCCCACCCCGGCUGUCCCGGGCACCAUCAGCCUGGACACGGUGCCCAAGUUCGCUUUCUCCUCCGAGGAUGAGGCGCCAGGCCCAGGCCGUGAGGACCCCAGGAAGCCGGUCUUCAUCCUCGGGGAGCCUGACGCCCCUCCGCCCUCCACCCCUGUCCCUCCCAAGCCCUGCAGCCUCUCGGAUGACGGCAGCGGCGGCCCCCUCAUGAGCCCGCUGUCCCCGCGUUCGCUGUCCUCCAACCCCUCAUCCCGGGACUCCUCGCCCAGCCGGGACCCGUCGCCCGUGUGCGGGAAUCUGCGGCCGCCCGUGGUCAUCCACAGCUCGGGGAAGAAGUUCGGCUUCAGCCUGCGCGCCAUCCGCGUCUACCUGGGCGACAGCGAUGUCUACACCGUGCACCACGUGGUCUGGGUGAGGAGCCAGCCUGGGCCUGACUUCCCCGCGCUGCUGGUGGAGACGCUGCUGCGGGAGCACAUGGAGGAGCGGGAGGCCUUGCCCCCAGCGCUGCCGCCCAAGCCGGCCAAGGCGAAGCCCGGGCCCGCGGGCCUGGCCAACGGGGGCGGCCCAGCCUCGCUGCAGGACGCCGAGUGGUAUUGGGGCGACAUCUCCAGGGAGGAGGUGAAUGAGAAGCUCCGGGACACGCCCGACGGUACGUUCCUAGUACGGGACGCGUCCAGCAAGAUCCACGGCGAGUACACGCUCACACUGAGGAAGGGUGGCGGCAACAAGCUCAUCAAGGUCUUCCACCGCGAUGGCCACUACGGCUUCUCGGAGCCGCUGGCCUUCGGCUCCGUGGUGGACCUCAUCACCCACUACCGCCAUGAGUCGCUGGCCCAGUACAACGCCAAGCUGGACACACGGCUGCUCUACCCGGUGUCCAAGUAUCAGCAGGACCAGGUGGUCAAGGAGGACAGCGUGGAGGCGGUGGGUGCCCAGCUGAAGGUCUACCACCAGCAGUACCAGGACAAGAGCCGAGAGUACGACCAGCUGUACGAGGAAUACACACGGACCUCCCAGGAGCUGCAGAUGAAGCGCACGGCGAUCGAAGCCUUCAAUGAGACCAUCAAGAUCUUUGAGGAACAGGGCCAGACUCAGGAGAAAUACAGCAAGGAGUACCUGGAGCACUUCCGGAGGGAAGGCAACGAGAAGGAGAUGCAGAGGAUCCUCCUCAAUUCAGAAAGGCUCAAAUCUCGCAUCGCUGAGAUUCAUGAGAGCCGCACGAAGCUGGAGCAGGACCUCCGGGCUCAGGCCGCCCAGAACCGCGAGACAGACAAGCGCAUGAACAGCCUCAAGCCAGACCUCAUGCAGCUGCGGAAGAUCCGGGACCAGUACCUCGUGUGGCUGACCCAGAAAGGCGCCCGGCAGAAGAAGAUCAACGAGUGGCUGGGAAUCAAGAAUGAGACAGAGGACCAGUACUCGCUGGUGGAGGACGAGGAGGACCUGCCGCACCACGAGGAGCGCACCUGGUACGUGGGCAGCAUCAACCGCAUGCAGGCCGAGGAGAUGCUGAGCGGCAAGCGCGACGGGACCUUCCUCAUCCGGGAGAGCAGCCAGCGCGGCUGCUACGCAUGCUCGGUCGUGGUGGACGGCGACACCAAGCACUGCGUCAUCUACCGCACGGCCACGGGCUUCGGCUUCGCGGAGCCCUACAACCUGUACGCGUCCCUGAAGGAGCUGGUGCUGCACUACCAGCACGCGUCCCUGGUGCAGCACAACGACGCGCUGCCCGUCACGCUGGCCCACCCGGUGCGCGCGCCGGCCACGGCGGCCGCGCACGCGCCGCUCCGGGCCGCGCCAAGCACUUUCGACGAGUCCGUCUGUGUGUCCUGUCCGUGUGUCUGUGACCCGAGCCCGUUCCCGGACCCGAGGCCGCGCGACGCCGCCGCCCAGGCCGCCUCGAGGAAGGAGAGGGAGCUGGGGACGCGGCGGGUGAACAGGAGUUUGUCGGAACCGCAGCUUCACUGUGUGGCUCUGGGAAAGCGGCUUUCCCACCCUGUGCCUCAGUUUCCUCGUGUUUACAAGACUAACGGCUGCGAGGCGCCUCCCCGUCCACGCACCGGCGCACCGGGCUGGGAGGAACGGGGUGCGGGCCCGGGACCUUGGCACCCCGCGGGCUUCGGCUGUGGCCGCUCGGGUGCCCGGAGAGCCGGUGGCCACCCAGAAGGGGGGCCAGAGGCCCCGCACUCGGGGCGCCCCAGGGACGCGGGCUCCUCUCCACGGGACCGACGGUCUGGCUCGGCCGGCCUUGGAGGGCGUCCCCGCUCUGCCCGGGCCCUCCGGGGCUCUGCUGCGGGGACCCCGCCGCGUCCCCGUGACUGGGAAGCGGGCGCGCAGGAGGCCGGCAGCAGCCCUGGGGCCGUCCCCCACCCCCCCGCGGAGGAUGGCGCCAGCUGGUCCCCAACCCAAGAACUGGGGAACGAGGACCCCCGACGUGCAGGCUCCUGCGGGGCAGACUACAGCGGGGACGGAGAUCCGGGUUACGCAGGUGCCGCCCCAGCCCCGCCGUCCCCGCCUCUGAAGGCGGCCCGCGCCGCACCGGGGUCCAAGCGCUGA